GGCUAGUUCACUGCCUGAAACUAACUGCUGCUGAUCAGCUUGACUCGCCGCAGAGUCAGCAACACUCGGCAGGUUUCACACACUUUACCCGAUUAUCUCCACUCCUUUCCCCUACGGAGGUCGCAGCUUUAUUUUUGCUGUAGUCAAAAUGAAGGAGAGAAGACUCCCGCAGCCUUUUCUGGCGAGGUGUAAACUGGUGCUGGUUGGAGACGUUCAAUGCGGUAAAACAGCGAUGCUGCAAGUCUUGGUGAAGGACUGCUAUCCAGAGACUUACGUACCCACUGUGUUUGAGAACUACACGGCUUGUUUGGAGCUUGAAGACCAGCGUGUUGAGCUCAGUCUUUGGGACACGUCAGGCUCUCCAUAUUACGACAACGUCAGGCCCCUCUGCUACAGCGACUCAGAUGCAGUGUUGCUAUGCUUUGACAUUAGCCGGCCGGACACAGUAGAUGGUGCUCUGAAGAAGUGGAAAGCAGAGAUUCAGGACUUCUGCCCCAACACUCGAUUCCUGCUCAUCGGCUGUAAGACAGACCUGCGAACUGAUGUGUGCACACGCAUGGAGCUGUCCAAUCAGAAACAGGCUCCAGUCUCCCAUGAACAGGGUUCAUCUAUGGCCAAGCAACUUGGAGCCGAAGCUUAUCUGGAGUGCUCGGCCUUCACUUCGGAAAAGAGCAUCCAUAGUGUUUUCCGUACUGCAGCUCUGGCCUGCAUGAAUAAACUGCAGCCUGCCAACAAACCCACCCCGGUCCGCCGCCUCUCCAAAAGACUGCUACACCUGCCCAACAAGACGGAUCUCCUCUCCUCCACCUUCAGCAAGGACAAGUCCAAAAGCUGCUCCAUCAUGUGAAUAGAGCAAGGAGCGUGCUCGCAGUAUGGAAAGAGAGGACAAGAGAACAGUAUUCCAGCUGGUUCAGCUGGGGUUCAGGGUGUGCAAGGGAACGAGAGCAAUCUACUAGAUUUUCACAAACCUUUUUAUUCCUUUGCAUCAUCUUCCUCUAACUCCUGUCUACCACAGUUUCUGCCGAAAGAAACAAUUUGAAAUGGAGUAAAAUAAUCGUGUACAAAUGGAGAAUAACGUAGUUUCUGUUGCAGCCCCACAUAAAGGUUGUUGAGAAUCAGCUUAAUAAUGGUUUGUACCUUAGCUUGUCCAUGAAGGAAGCAGUUGUAUCCUCUCCAUUAAAGUGAUGAAAUCCAUUAAAAGCUCUGACAACACUGCCGUAUGACAUACAUCUCUCUGUCUGGAUGUCUGUUAAAGGUCACAGUCAGUGAUGAGAACGUAAAAUCUGAGCAUGAAGCUGCAUCUGCAGAAACCUAAUUGAGGAAAUCUUAAAAAAUAAUGUCUCCUGAAGAAAUUAUCCUCCUACCUGAGCCCGGAUCGUAAUCUAUUUUAAAAUUAAAGCUGACAGCAGAACAAAAAAGCCGGCACAAAUGGAGGGGUUUGGCCAGUGGGAGUAGAAAGUGAAAGUCUGCCUGAAGGAGUGCAAUGUGACUCAGCACUUCCAUGAGGCAGAAGGUCCAAAAUGGCGGAUGCACUGUCUUAAAUACUUUCAACAUGUAUUCAGGGCGGGUUCCCCCCCAUGUCCCAUCAACCCAGCAGCCGUAUGUGUUCAUUAACCAUAGGUGUUAAUUUUAGGGGUGUUACAUUAAGAAAUUAUAUUUCUAGAUUGUUUAAUGGUUUCCACUAUCAUUUUGUUUCUGUUUUUUUCUUAGUUUUUUUUUAUAGAUGAGACCAAGAAAGGAAAGCAAAUUAUUUUAGAUCACCAGGUUUUAACUAUACUCUUCCUCAUGGACAAUUAGGGGAAUUAUUUUUCAGCUUGGUUCUGCAAAAACAUGCUCAUUGUUGCUUUCAGUACAGUCUCCUGAAGCUUGGCCAAAGGUUUUGCCCUAAUAAAUAAUUAGUUAACUCCCUAAAAAUAAAACAAAAUCCAAUAUUUUCUGUAUGCUUAUCACCUUUCAUACAGAAUGUAGGGUCCUAUCCAGUUUUCCUUAAAGGGAUUUUCUAAAUAGAGUUCUGUUAAAAUAUUAUUGAUUAAAAAUUCCCAAAACCCUGCUAACAUUUUAAAAUCCAGCAUGAGCCAUCAGAGACAGAGGUUAAACUCUCAAUCUAGAGAAAAGAGGAGCCCCUUUUCGUACUUUGUUCAGCCUUCCUAUUAUCUGCUAAUAGUCUUGCUCUCACUCAUAGCAUGAAUGAAUUGCAGAUGUGUUUUCCUUUAACUUGCUGUACUUUGAUGCUCUAACAUAUUUAACACCACGUUGAAAUAGAAAAAGUUUCACUCUUCUUUCCUCUGUAACGACUUUUCACUGGUUAGGAGAACUGACCAGCCAGGCACUGGUCAGUGGAGAUCAAGCUUAAAAAAUCUAUAACCAUGAGCAGUUAAUAUCUUGCCUGCAGUUGAUAAUUUACACAGCAUCUUUAUUUAGUAAAAAUAUAGAUUACUUGUUCCCAGGUGCUAAAGCUAGGCACCAGUCCUUGGGGGGCCAAGACAGACUUCUACAGUCACAAAAACUCUCCUCCAAAAAUGUUAUACCGGUUUGCGCAAACACCAUUUUAUAAACCUUUGAGCUGUUGUCAACUUUGCAAGGGAUGGUUAAUUACAAAUGAGCUUAUGGUUAUUUAUACAGGAGAUGGUGUGCCAUCACUGAUCUUCCCUGUGAAACACAUACUGGGAAUGUGUUUCCAUUCAAAGUAACUGAUGAGAAAGUAAUGCAGUGCAUAAGAACUAAACUAUUAUAGCGGUUUAAGUGAAAGCGAGUUUAUUUAUUUUUCACACUAAUUUCCUAUAGAACACUUACUCAGGAAGAC